UUUAUGAUUUUAUCGUAAUUGGAUCAAACAGCGCACUGCAGGCUAAAUGGACACUUAAAGAUGAUAGGCCAACAUUUAAACUACCGGUAAAAGACAACAUGAAGACAUUUUUCAAAUAGAAUUAUUCGGACUUAUGUUUGAGCUAACAUAUACGUGGAUAUUCGUUCCUUUAAAUUGUACUGGAUAUUGAGAAGCGAGUGAGUAGUGAAUUUCAACAGGUUUCAAGCUACUGUUCUGUUAAUGGAUGUUUUUCCCCCUCACGGUUAUGACAUGCGCACACACUGCCGCGACUCCACUCUCAGUCCCCGACACACGGCGAGGACGCGGACCCACGGACGUGCAGGCAGCGCCGACAAGGGGAUGCGAGUCAGUCGGGGGCGGGGAGGGGAUCUUGGUCGAGGGAGGGAGCUGCGGUCCUCGAUCUGACGUUACAUCCAUUCAAUGACUACGGACAGCUGGCCCGAAGAUUUACAGCGAAUAACAUCGAGGCGUCACGCUUGGUUCGUUCGGUUUGAUUUACAAGCGGCGGGAUCCAUCGUCUGCGGCCCAACAUGCCCCCGGCGCCGAGCCUUCAGUCCAGCGGGCUGACGCUGUCCGAGAUCAGCAUCGGUUCAUCCAGGCCGCAGCGCGUCACUGCAGGUUCUUUUAAGAGGAGGAAGAGGAAAUCCAUCAUCGUUACAGUGAUGCUGCUCAUCGUGUCAGUGCUCAUUCUCAUCAUCGGCUUGGCAGCGACGACUAGGACACAAAACAUCACGGUGGGCGGCUACUACCCAGGGCUCAUUCUGGGCUUUGGCUCUUUUCUGGGAAUCAUCGGCUCCCAUUUAAUCGAGAACAAGAGGCAGAUGUUAGUGGCUUCUAUUGUCUUCAUCAGCUUUGGAGUGGUGGCUGCAUUCUGCUGUGCUAUUGUAGAUGGGGUUUUUGCUGCCAGGCACAUUGACCUGAGGCCUCUUUAUGCAGGACGCUGUGACUACCACUCCAGUGAGAGUGCAUCUGAGCGAGACGUGCCUUGCCAGACGUCGUCUCGCACGUCCUGCAACCUGCGCGUGAGAACCAACACGUGCUACUGCUGCGAUCUGUACAACUGUGGCAGAGAGCAUCCUCUAAUGGGACUUCAGAAUAGAGAUGGUUUGAAAAAGUUUAAGAAACCAUCCAUGAUUUGGAACCGCGUGGAGGUGGUGGGCGGCUACCACGAGUAUACAGACGUGAAGAGCUGCGACGAUGUUGUGCACCUACACCACCUGCUCUGGUCGGCGACCAUCCUCAAUAUCGUGGCUCUCUUCCUGGGCAUCAUCACUGCUGCGGUGCUGGGCAGCUUCAAAGACAUGACACCUGCUCAAGCAUCUGAAAGCAAUUCAGAACCGGAGGCCAUCACAGCCUCAAUCGCCUCUGAGGCUCCAUCACGCACUAAUUCCAAUGUCAACUCCUACCGCAACGCUGCCCCUUGCCUGCCGCCAUACACGGCCUACGAUGCGCAGGGUUCCUAUAUGUUCGCCGACUCUUCUGGCUUGUCAGACGACUCCCAAUCCGGGGCCAGUCACCUUUGGCCCACCAUGGUGCCUCCGCGCUACUCCCCACCUCACGACCACCCAGACGACAAGCCGCCACCGUACAGCCCCUAAUAGGGCUCAAACGUCGUCUUCGGGUUCCCCCCAAAAGGACCAAAGUGUGGAACCCGAGUAGGAGGGCGAGCGCGGCGGAUGCUAUCUUUGAGUUGAGAGCCACUUUAAAGGAGCAAGAAGGUAGUCUGGGCACUGCUUGCACGCUUGGCCUGUACCGUUCAAGCGAAUCCAGUAAGAGGCAAACUGUUUACAGUCGUCCUGCCUUAACGCAAACAGUCUUCCAACACGGCAGCAUUCUGUUGUCUUUAUCUUUUCAGAUGCUUUCUGCUAAACACAUCCUACUGUCCUCCAUGUUUUUGGGAGAGAUCCUUGAUGUGACUAAGUUAGAAGUUACAUAUCCUCAGUGGUUUGGAGGAGCAGUCCCCAAAAUUUCUUGCACCGUGGACCAGUUUCACACAAAUGCGUCAGUAUACUGAUGGACUGGGAUACGACAAAUGAUUGAAAAUAAAAGACGGAAUGUACUUGUUAUAAUUAGUGACCUGCGUUUGUUUCUAUUCAACAAGCUAGUUCCCCCCAAAAAUAACACUUUACAGAC